AGAGAGACACGUACGCGCGUAUUAUGGAAGAGCGGGCAGAAAUGUUGAGGAUAUGGCAAAAAAUAUAUAUAUAUUCAAGCGUAUAGAUAAAAUCUAGUGUGGGGUUUGAGCCGUUUUCGGUAUGAGACGAGAGAGAGACACAACAGGGUGGCCACAGAGAGCAAUGCGAAAUGACGACAGAACGGAGACAGGGUGUCCCAGGGUUAGCGGGUCAUUAGCGAGGUUUAACGCAGCCCUGCAAGCAGCAUACGUAUAACCGAUGUGCAGCAUCGUGUGCACCGAAUAUUUCCGCAGCGUACGACGCGCCGCGUACCUCGACCGAAUACAGCUGCGCACUGCGUCUGCGACGAACAUUUGUGUUCGGAUAACGACAAAUGCCGAGCGAUGCCAAAGCGGCGACCAGCACUGCGAGCGCUGCCAUUCCGAGUCGAACACUGUGCACGUAAUACAAAAAUUACUUGCUUUUUCUUUAAUAAUUAUUUAGAAAUAUACAGGGUUCAGAACUAAAGAUAAUAAUGGAAUGGCGAAAUGCUCAAGUUUUGGAAUUCAUAAAACUUUAUGAAAAGGAAAGUAUAUUGUGGAACAACAGACAUCCGUAUUACAAAAAGAAAAGUUUGAUAUAUGACGCAUGGGUGAGAAUAAGAGACAACUUGAGUUGGAGCACAACCAUCGAAGAAAUGAAGCGAAAGAAGGAUUCCCUGAUGGCAUGCUACCGGACCAUAAUAAAUAAAAUAAAAAAAUCCAUAUUGAGCGACCAAGAUAUGUAUCGCACAACUUGGUUUGCCUUUGAAGCGAUGGAUAAAUUUCUCGGGCCUCUUUACGAAUGUCACGUGAACCAGGCGCUAGAACCGACGCCAGAGAAGGAACUAGAUGAAACGAGAUCCGAGGACAGCGAUGGUGAAGAUUUCGCUGAAGAUUCGAAAAUCGAUAUUGUAGAGCAUGCUGAACACAGACAAGAAUUUGCAAAAGAUAGUUUUGUUGAGCUUGUAGAUUAUAAUAAUAUACAAGAUAAAACAACAGAAACUUCAAAACCAAGAAUAGAAAAUUCUACAAGUUCAAAAUCUGAAGGCACUUUUAUACCUCAGAGAUAUAGAGGCAGUAAACGUAAAAUGACAGAAGAGCUCAAAAGUAGUACACGUACGGAUGACGAAUACGAUAUGUUUGCAAAAUUUAUUGCUUCAAAAAUAAGAAAACUUAGAAACCCAAAUAUGAGAGAUAUUGUUAUGAAUGACGUGCAUAAUAUGGUAGUACGUGCCUGCAUGUCGGACAGACAAAACAAUCGAUAUAAUUCUCAAUAUCCAGAAUCAUUCAGCCAAGCUAGCCAAUCAGCUUUUUACCAAUUUAUAGCUUAUCCACAUACCAAUAAGACUGAUGAUAGCAGAAAACCAAAUAAUGAUCCACUGUCGACGACAAAAAAUACAUCGUCGUCAGGGAUGGAAUCGGACGUUUUUCGGGUAGAUAUGCCCGAAGUGGAAAACUCUUGUUUCCAAGAGGAGUUUUUGUUGGAUACAUAA